ACAUUUCGCAUCAAUUUCAGGUAAAAUGGUUUCCUUGAGAGAACUUACAGAGGUACGAGGUAACCAGGGCCGAGAAGAAGAAGGGGAGGGGGUUAUAUCGCGAUGAUAGUGCCACCGGCGUUGCAGGAUGUGCUAGAAACAAUGAGGCCAGACAGCAGCGCCAGUUCGAGCGCUAGGGACAACGGCGGUGAACACCUUACUGCGUCAUCUAGCAGCUCGUCCUCUGAAGAGACACCAAGCUGCGAGGAAGGGAUGGGGGAUGUAGUGAGCAAUGUCUCAGAUCAACCUGUGAUUGGGGAGUGGGAGAGCAGGACAAUCGCGGGCAGGUUGAGCAAUUUGCGAAAGGCACCCAAGGAUCUGCCCGCUGGUUUUAGGUUCAAGGCCGCGCUUCAUCAUGAAGUAGCAGACUGUGCGCCCUCAAUAAGUGGGUAUAGGAAACUGGAGGAGAUGGUGAGGGCGCACCACAUCCCCAUAACGAUCUUGCUCCAGACUGGUGCCAAGAGUGAGAACCUUCACCCUCCUCUGCAUCAAUCUCCAGCUUCCUCUCCCCCCUCGCACGCCCAGCCUUGCUGCACCAGCCCUGCACCGACGCCCGAGCCUUGCACCUACGCCCCUACUCCCUGCUCUGCGCCCAGAUCGUUUGCACUCUGCCCUAGCCUGCAUUCUGCUGUGCCCGGCCUUGCUUCCUGCACCAGCUUUGCUCUGCACCAGCUUUGCUCUGCACCAGCUCCUGCGCUCUGCACCAGAUCGCCUGCACUCUGCUUGCCCUGCUGCGCCCCACUGCUGGCAAUGAUGCCCCUGCACGCCCGAGCCAUCAUCAGCACUCCACGCCCCUGCCUCCCUGCACACCGCGCCUCACCCCAAUCCCGCGCCUCUGCACCGCUGAUUACUACAGCCCCCAUCCUUGCCUCUCAUGCAGAAAAGACAAGGAAUACCGGACAAAUUGGCGUCAUUGAUUGACAGAGCAAGGCCCUUGUCUUUUGUUGCAUUUUAUUUUUAUUUUUAUCAUUUGGGGUAUAUAUAUAGGGCAAAAGCAGAGUAAUAGGGGGGUGGGGGUUGAUUUUGGGUCUGUUUGCUGGGGAGUCUCGCCUGAGUUUUUGAGAGCAGAAGAAGGAAAUUCUGAGGAGAAGAGGGGGGGUCUUUUGCUGGUUGAUUUUCGAGUCGAGUUUAAAAAGAAGAUCGAUUCUGCUCGCUGGAGGUGGGAAAACAAAAGGGUAUUCUUGCUUUAGGUAAUCUCCUGAACAGAGGGAUUUUUGGGAAGGAUAGUGAAGGAGACGAACGGAGCCUGGUCCCAUGGGUGGGAUCCCUCCCUUCCGAUCUGGAUCUACCUCCUAAAAAUUCCGCCGUGGGUGUUUUUGUUAUUUUCUGUUGAUUUUGUUUAGAUCUGUGUUUAAGUUUGUAUGUGUUUCGUUGGAAAAUGAAUGAAAAAAUCAAAAAAAAUUGUUCAG